CCAGAAACAGAUUCUGAAGCACGGUAAGCAGUAGUUGUUAAGGUCAGCGGUGGAAGAGUAAUAAGCAGGUGUUAUCAGAAAAAUAGUAGUACUAUAUAGACAGUAGCAGAAGACAUGGAACUAAUACGAACGCAUUUUUCUUCAUCUAAAUUCUGUUGUCUAUUGCUAUUGGCAUUACCAGUCAUGGCAUACAUAUAUUCCCAGAAUAAGAAUAAUGUGUGGAAAUCAUACCACCAAAUAAGCUAUACACCCGUAAUACUGACAAUAAAAUCGGAUAUUAUCAUGCAUACUUAUGCUUUGUCUAAAAAUUGGAUAAAGAAGGCUUUUAAAUUUGUCGGUCAUACCAAAGACGACAGACGCAGAAAAAAGCAUUUUUUUACACAUGGGAAAAAGAGCUACCAUAUCGAUGUAGGAAAUAUCCAAGAAUCUUUUGUCCUUUUGGUAUAAAAUAAUUAGCGCAUAAUCGUGUUGCAUCUUAAUCUGCGUUCCUUUUCUAGCUUAUGUUAAGAACCAGCAGU